AUGCCAGCGGUUGCCUGGCAUAACUUUACGUAUUUUGGCGACUUUAAUGAUGUUAAGGCAUUUCACUUAAAGGAUAUUGGCUAUAUAAACUUCACAUUUCCACCAACACUGACCCUUCAACUGAGACAGGCCUACUACAGCUGCAUCAGCUAUAUUGACUACGAGCUGGGGAGAGUUAUUCAAGAGCUUGACAACUUAGGACUUUCUAACAAUACCAUCAUAUCCUUCUGGGGUGAUCAUGGGUGGCAGUUGGGAGAACAUUCAGAAUGGGAAAAGCACAACAACUUUGAAGACGCCACCCAUGCUCCCAUGAUGAUACACAUUCCUGGAGUCACUGACAAAGGUGUGGUGACAGAGCACCUGACGGAAUUUGUCGAUUUGUACCCGACUCUAGUUGAAGCUGCAGAACUUCCUAAACUUGAAACGUGUCCACCGAACUCUCAAAACAUCAGUCUGUGCACAGAAGGUACUAGUAUGGUCCCACUCAUGACAAAUCCAACAAUGCCAAACUGGAAAACUGCUGCUUUCUCCCAGUACCCUCGAGGAGGAGAUGGUCUCCAUGGUGAUGUCAUCAUGGGUUACACUAUGAGGACAGACAAUUAUCGCUACACAGAGUGGAUCAACUUCAAAGGCAGGCCUAUCUAUACACCGAUGUGGGACCAGGUACAGGCAGCUGAACUCUAUGAUCAUAUGAAAGACCCAGAAGAGAACUGGAACCGAGCCGAUGACCCAUCCUACAAAGACAUCAGGGCCGAGCUGUCCAGGAAACUGAAGAUUGGCUGGAGGGGAGCUGUGCCUGACAAACGCGUCUGAAACUGCUUGUAUCUUUGUUUUCCUGUGAUGUUUGUGAUAAAGAUGGUCAUUAUCA